AUGCGCGGCAAAGAUGUAGAGCCCUCCACUCGCGACAUCGAUGUGUCCGCGAGUCGAGCUCCAUGGGUGCGCGCGAGCCUUGUGUCGACACUACUCCUGCUGCUCCUGGCCGGGGCCGUGCUAGCUAGAGCGAGGCUUUGGCCGAAGGCGGAAGUGGUGGAGCGACGCUUGCAAGAGGUGCAGAAUGAUUGUGGUACCUUCGACUGGGACCAGGAGGAAUGGUCCAUCCGGGUGGUCCGCUGCCGCCCGGCGCGGAAGCCCGCCACCUAUGGCCCCAUCUUCAGCUUGGAGAACGUGUGCAUGAAGCCUUGUGGCAAGCUUCCCAUGUCCCAGUUGGUGGGGACCAAUUCGCAGGUGACCAGCAUCUCCUUCUUGUCGUUGACCGCCUCGGCGGAAGUGGUCACCCUGGUGGAGAAGGGUGGCCCGGUCUACCAGCUGAACGUGGUCUCUGAGGGCAAUGACGAGGCCCGAUGGAUGGUGACACUCCCGCCCGUCCGGAGCUUCCGCGGAAACAGUUGCCUCGACUUUACGCAGUUCUGCGAGGUGGCCUCGGUGAUGCCGCUCAUGACCAGUUUCGUGGUGGUGGAUCGCCAUCGCUUGCAAGAGUUUAACAUCUCCUGGAGCGAUUCGGAGUCACUCACGCUGGAGCUGGCCACCUUGGGGAAGAUGAACAUGGAAGCGCCGAUCCUGGGUGAAGCCCAGCUCUACUUCCCCAGCUACAUGGCACAGUACAAGGCCUUGAACCACAGUUUCAUCAGCGAUGCCUUGGAGAUCACCCCGCUCUUCCCCCAUGCGCGGGACCGCUACUGGUUCGUGUCCGACACAGGGAACCAUCGCGUGAUGUUCAUCAACGCGACGGGUCCCACGUUGCAGUACAUCGAAUCCUAUGGAGCCACGGGCGAGGUGAGGACGAACCAGAGCGGCUUCAACUAUCCCAUGGGUGUAGCCGUGAUGGCCCACACAGAUGAAAGCUUCUUCGGUCCAGUCAUGGCCGCGGUCUUCGUGUGUGAUCGGCGCAACCAUCGUCUGGUGAAGUUGUUGCUGGGAUACAGGAAAGAUCCCAGCCUGGCGAUGAAUCGAGGGGAACGGCCGACGCUCAUGUGGGGUGGCGAAUAUUACAAAGACCUGAAUGGAGUCAACUACAACAUGAGUUUGUAUGACCCCGUGGGUGUGUCCAUCUAUCGCCACUUCAUUUUCGUGUGUGAGGCGGAAGGCAAUGCCAUUACCGUCCUCACCACGAACUACGUGCAACAUGAUGAACUCCUUUUCGUCACGGAACUGUACCCCUUGACGAAUCCCUUCAACCCCAAGAUGCAGCUCACUGGCAGCUUCUCAGCCACGGAGCAGGGCUACUUGUGGUUCGCGUACAUUGAACGACCCUCCACUCAUGGCUUGGGCAGCAUCAUCUUGCCGGAGCCCUUGGUCCAAUCGCCGCCGGCCUCCUGGAUCGAGGAGUUCCGGGCGCAAUGCACCAAUGCCACGAUCUACAACAUGUUCAUCAUGGCCAAUGCAUCGCUCUACGAUGAACACGUGAUCUAUGUCUUGAGUGCUGCACGCAUCAAUUGGCGCUUCCCCUACUUGCCAGGCUACCUGAGCAAGGAUUCCUUCAACCUGACGCUCAUGUUCGAUUUGAUGCUUUGGAACGAGACGGUCUUGGAAGGCAACAUGUUCUACUGCCUGCCCCCACCACCCGAAACGACCCCGCCAAUGCUCAGCGCCAAUGAAGACGGCUGGAACACACCAGGGGGUGGUGGAGUGCUGUUGACCGGUAGCUCGAUAUGCCCUGGUCUUGCAAAGAGUUUGGCCAUCGUCAUCAUUGGACUGUUGUGGCAACGUUCCUGA